AUGGUGAUGAUCUUAACCAAAACUCGGGAAAACAAAGGUGCCGACUCUGUAACAUGUAGGACUGAGCCGCACACUCCAAAGAUGAGUCAAGGACCUACCCUCUUCUCUUGUGGCGUGAUGGAAAAUGACAGAUGGAGAGAUCUCAGUAGGAAAUGUCCACUUCAGCUUGAGCAGCCGAGCACCAACAUCUGGGACUGCUUGUCGGACAAGGGCGAGGAGGGCUCGUGCUGGCCGAGGGAGACGGCCAGCACCUGCUCUGUCACCAACCUGAUCAAAGACCUCAGCCUCAGCGACCCCCACGGCAACCCCUCGGCGCCCCCCAGCAAGCGCCAGUGCCGCUCACUCUCGUUUUCGGAUGAAAUGUCGAGCUGCGGCACCUCAUGGAGACCCUUGGGCUCAAAGGUUUGGACGCCGGUGGAGAAGCGGCGGUGUUACAGCGGCGGGAGCGUGCAGCGCUACUCCAACGGCUUCGCCACCAUGCAGAGGAGCUCGAGCUUC